UACCAUAAAAUGUGAACCAGAGACUACUUGUCAGUCAGUAGAGUGGAGGAGAAAUAGGGGAUGGCGAGCUUUUCACUGCAUCUCUCCCACACCCUCGGCAGCUUCUCCUUGCGGCCGAUCAAAGCUUCCUCUAAUGGGGUCCCUUUCUCGAAGCCGAAAUCGGGAGGGCCUACGAUUCUUGAACUGCCUCUCGAGAAGAUAAGGAGGCCUCUGAUGCGCACCCGGGCGAAUGAUCCGGCGAAGGUGAAAGAUCUCAUGGAGAGCAUCCAACAAAUAGGGCUGCAGGAACCUAUUGAUGUGCUAGAGGUGGAUGGAGUUUACUAUGGUUUUUCUGGAUGUCACCGCUUUGAGGCUCAUCAGCGCCUUGGUCUCCCAACUAUUCGAUGUAAAAUCCGACGUGGGACAAAAGAGACUUUACGAAGGGGGUCUACUUGACCAAUUAAAACACGUGAAGAGAUAUGGUGGGCAGAAUUUGGGCAAAGGAGGACCUUGUAAUAGAAGAAAUCGGCCCACAGCUCAUGUAAGGAUCCUCAGGGAGGAAGGAAGGUUCCUUCCACAUGUCAUCAAUGUACUGCAAGAUCACGAAAGACUCAGCAAUGGGCUUCCCAUCCACCAUGAGAACCGGCACCUCCUUGUGAACCGGGUUCAGCUCGAGGAGAACCUGGCAUUUGUUGCGGAGGUCCUCUUCAACGUACUCACAGACCACGCCUUUUAGCCUGAGGGCGUGAUGGACCGUGGCACAAAAAGAGCUGAGCCGAGACCCAUGCAACUUUAUUUCCUUCACCCCUUCCUCUUCUUUCACUCACCGAUGGUUGGUCUUCUAUCUCUUUCUUUAUAUAGAGUCAGUUUUACUUGUUGAUGCCAAGUGCUUUAUUUUUUUAUAAUUCCCACCUUUUGGGUCAACUCA